UCGGCGGCGAUUGGUGGGGUGGCGGUUGGUUUCGCGAUCCGCUUGCGCCCGCGCCGGUUGCGCUGCUGGGGGCGAUCUCGGCGCACCGCGCCUGUUGUGUGCAACUGAAGAUUUAAUUACCUAAGGUCCCUGCUCGAAGCAGCUGUGUCGUCGUGUUAACGCGCGCGAGCGCGACAGGUUGGAAUCUCCGCGCACCGCUACGGAAAUCGAGGCUAUCGGAGCGAUCUUGUGAACGCGUGCUACUGCGACGUCACAGCAGUGGUGGCGGAAACAGCGGACUGCAGCAGCAGCGCGUAUCAUCGCCUUUUAGGCUUAAAUUCUUCAGCCGUCUUGUGAUUGACAGCGAUUUUUUUGUGUGUCGUUUGCCCCAAGUCUCGCCGAACCGGCGUGUCUGUGACUGCAGCGAGCUUCUUGUCCGUGACCCUGCCCGACACAACCACAGGAAUGCGCAGGAAAAGUGACCUCGUGAAUCACAGCGCGUUUCGCUGUUGUUUCUGCUGUCAUGUUCGCACUGGCACGGUGAUUCUGGGCAUCUGGCAUUUGAUUCUCCAUGUCCUCGCCCUGGCGAUUCUCGUCAGCAUGAUGCUGCGGCCGGAGCUAAUCGAAAAGCUGUACGGAAACAACGGAUCAGCGACGACACAGCUUUCGGGCAGCUUCAUCACCCGCUUUCGUCCCUCCGUCUACAGCCACGAACUUUCGGACGUGUCCAAUGACCCGAAGCUGGCAAGCAUCCGUGAUGAGGACCUUCAUGUGGCUCUAGCCAUCACCGUCUGCACAGGAGUUGUCACCCUGUUGCUACUGUAUGGAACCAUAUGGGGUCAGCCAACGUACCUGAUGCCGUUCUUCUGCCUGCAAGUGUUUGACUUUGUGCUGUCGGCGCUGACGGUGGUGGGCUACUUCUCGUACAUGCCGGAUGUGCGCCGCCUGGUGGCAUCGUCGCGAGACCUGCCCCUGCAGAAGGAGCUACUGCGUCUCGACCCCCAGUGGCUCUGCACCGUUGUCAUGGUUGGCUUUGUCGCCUGCAUGAUGAUCAAGGCCUAUGUGAUGGGAAUUGUCUGGUCCUGUUACAAAUACCUGCGACUCAGGCAAGAAGCGAGCCUUCCUGAUGUCGAAUCUGACUCUGAGGUGUUGCCGUACGGCCAGGCUCUGUUGCCGCCCGACUACGAGACAGCGACCAAGAUGCCCGCAUUUGUGCCCGUCUACGCGCCCCCACCGUACCCAAACCACAGCACCUGAAUUCGGUGACGCGGCAGUUGGCGCAGGAAAAAUGGUCACCGCCACCCGAAGCAGCUUCCAGCUGCCAAACAGCACUCGCGGUCUCUAAAAUGGCCCGCUUCUGUGCAAAUCUGGACGUCCUGUGUACAUUUUGAUGUAUUUUCCUUGGUUUACUCGUCAGUUUGUAAUUGCGCCCCACAAGAAAGUAUGAAUUGAGGAUUGCAUGUCACAGACACAGACAGUGAUGCCUUUUUUUUUUUUUUGCCACUCUAUAUUUUCUUUGUUUUUCUCAAAACAUUGGGAAAGGAAAUUGCAACAAGCUGAUCAUAUACAGGCUGUAUUCGGGGGGGAUCACGGAGUUCAGCUUUGUGACAAUGCUUUGGCAGAUGCAAAGAAAACUUGAAUUCGAGAAUGGAUGUCCAAGACCAGCGAGGAUCCCAGAUUUCUAGAAAAUGGGAAAGUCAACUUGUAGGGCAGGUCCGUUUCGCUUAUUCAGGUAGACGCAGAACAACCUCCAGAGGUUGCUCGACUAUGCGAGCUACUUGAUAAACAAAACAUGGUUAAGCAAGCUGAACUUGGAGCACCACCCCGACACAGGUAGAUGUUACACGUGAGGGUUCGGAACUUGCUUCCUUGGUGACUUUCUCUUUUGCCAUCUUUACAAUUGAGUGACGCUAGCGCCCAGUGUGUCAACUAAUGUUAACCAACGGAAACGUCCACGCUAGUAUUGCAAAAAAAAUAAAAAAUUAGAGCCUUCGUUGGAAGAGGGCGGUCCACGUUUCAGUUGGCUGGAGGCUACCGUAAACCAGCGUAGUCUUGACCUCUGCUGUGCCCUGAGUGAUCCAGCAUUCCAGAGAGUAUGGAAUUAACCGACACGCACGUGUCGCUUAUUUCUACAUUAAUAUACGUCUUUUGUCAAAACUGUGCAGGCCAUGCUGUAUUUAGCUGGUCAGCUGCUCUGCACCUUUCAAGAAAGAAUUGCUAUCUUUCGAGUUUGGAGUCCCAUAGCAACGUAAAGCCGCCAGGCCCACCAGCAGCCAUUAGUUUAGUGCGCAAUACCCCAGAUUCUUUCAUGAGAGGCUGUACAUUAUUUUUUUUAAUCAGCUUCUUUAUCGUUUUUGUAUUUUAAGCUACCCACUCCUCGCAUGCUUUAUGACCCCUUACGUUUUCUAUUUGCUGGUCUCCAGAAGGGAACCCCUUUUCUACGCUGUCUACUUGUGUCUGGGUACUUUCCCCCACCCCCUCCUAGUCAUGCGUUUGUUUCAUGUGCUGCUUACACAUACCGCAAAUGGGUCUUUCAUCACAUGUGGUUUGGGCCUUGCCCAAGGCCGAAAGUUCUUUCAACAACAACAAAAAAGAAAAAAGCUCGAUUGGCACUUGAUACAUUACUAAAAAUGCUUGUCUAGUGCCUGUCCAAAUUUGAUGAGCAUAGGUACCGAACCUGGUAAAUAUUUUGGGAAGGGGAGAUGAGUUUAUGAAGAUGUAGGACUGUUUACGUUGUACAUAGAUGCAACCGAUAAGACAUGCAUGUUGUCUGUUGCAAGUGCAGUGUUCUAUAGUUUGCCUUCUUGUUUCUGGUUAUUGUGGGUGCUACUCAAUUUAGUGCAGGUUUCUUUUACGUUGUUCUUUGUUUCAUGGUUAAAUGCACAGAUUUGUAGUAGACCACCCACCUCCCUCAGUGUGUAACGGAAAAACCUGUUUCUUGCCAGGGAGGGAAAAAAAUGUAUCUGCGAUGUAGCGUGCAAUGAAAUAAAACUUGAAAAAACAAA